AUGUUUUUCUUGCCUUGGGGGUUGCGGUGCUUUAUCGGAUCACUGACAUUAUUUAAUUGUAAUGUAUUUGCAAGUUAUCAUAGUUACAAGGCUCUUUCAACUAGGAAUGCCCAAGAAUCAACAAGAUGGCUCAUGUACUGGUGCGUGAUGGCUGCUUUCCUCUCACUGGAGAACAUUUUCUAUUCUCUUCUUCACAAUUUAGUUCCUUUUUAUCCCGAAAUCAAAGUAAUUUCUCUGUUGCUUCUCGUAGUUUCUUCUCAUGCUCCAAUCUAUGUAUUACAUCAAUGGAUUAUUCCAAAAUUAGAGACCUUGAAUGUUCCAUACUACAUCAACAAUGUCUUAGUGAAUCAUGUUGUCACAUACCUCACUUAUGGAUUUGGCGUUAUUUUCAGCAAACUAGCCAAAAAGAGUGCAAAAAUUAAUAGGAAUAAUGUGGAACAAUUGGAUGCAAUGAUUGGAGCUAUUGAUGAUAUUUCAUACGAGUUGAAAAAGAUCAGAAAAGAGGCACUUAGAUCUUUGCAUCGAACUUCAUCUGGUAUUCAACAUGGAAGUCCAAAAGCUGGUGCUUCUGGAGAGAUUGCACGCAAUCGUGUGAGUUUAGGAAUAGGAGAAAUUCUAUCCAACUCAACCCUUAUUAGUGGAGUUUCUUCUUCCAAUCAAUUCUAA